GUGUCGCGAUACGUCAUCACGUCGUUCGGUCGAGAUCGCAAGGGCAUCGUGAACGAAGUCACGGCCGCGGUGUUGGCGGCGCGAGGAAACGUCGAGGAGAGUCGCAUGGCGCGACUGCGCGGCGACUUCACGAUCACCAUGCUCGUCUCGUUCGUGCGAGAUCAGAGCGACGUCGACGCCUUCAAGAGCGAUUUGGCGCGCAUCGAGGGGUUGACGACGUCGGUGCGCGCGUCGAGCGAGGAUGACGCGGCGAAAACGGUUUCGACGCAUCGUCGAGUAUUGCUCCGCGGGAACGAUUUCCCGGGAAUCACUCACGCGUUCACGCGCGUUUUGUUCGAUCGGGACGUGAACAUUGAGAGUAUGACCACGGAUACCGCGCCUGCGCCGUUCGGAACCGAGCGUUUGUUUCUCGUGGACGCUCUGGUGCGAUUGAGCGCGGGCGCGGCGUCGAUCGACGCGCUCGGCGCCUCGCUGCGCGCGCUCGAGCGCGACAUGGGUCUCGACGUCGAGAUUCUAGAGCACGAGCCCGCGAAACAACUCCGUUAG